UUACGCUAGAUUUUAAUCCCAAACUGGAGAGAUGGCGGACAUUUCAACUUUUCAAGCACUUGAUCUUCCACCGAUUUCAAAGAUUAAAUUUGAUUUGGUUCGCGCAACAAGGGAAUGCUCACAGAGAAAACUCCUUAAUAGUGCAAAAUGGGCUGCUGAAAUGUCAUAUGGUUUAGAAGUUCAGCUAGAACCAUCUCAGUUGCGACAUCAAGACAGGGAUGACUUUCUGAAAGAGUAUGACCAGUAUACUCUAGCGGUUAGUUACUUUGACCUGAAGGAGUAUGACAGGGCUGCCCACUUCGUCCAUGAUUGUCACAGCAGCCAGGCCUACUUUCUUUACAUGUACUCUCGCUAUCUUGCCGAGGAGAAACGCAAAAAUGACAAUGCAUCAGACUCCAUAGGUCCCCCUAAUAAACUGGAAAAUGAGCAGUUGAAGACCCUCAAAAUGGAGCUGUGUAAAAAAUAUGCCAACAAGGAACUCGAUGGAUUUUGUUUGUAUCUGUAUGGAGUAGUUCUGAAGAAGUUGGAGCUGAUUAAAGAGUCUAUGGAGAUAUUUGUAGAGGCCAUAGCACAGGAGCCAUUACACUGGGGGGCGUGGCAGGAGCUGGCUGGUCUUAUUACAGAUAAGGAAACGCUACUAUCACUGUACCUGCCAAAUCACUGGAUAAAGAACGUGUUUCUAGCCCACAUAUACCUCCAGCUUCAACUCAACGAGGAGGCCAUGAAGAUCUACCAGAGCUUGGCGGAGAAUGGCUUCGCCAAGAGUUCCUAUAUUGUAUCCCAGAUAGCUGUGGCUUACCACAACAUGAGAGAUGUUGAUCAGGCAAUGACAGUGUUUACAGAGCUACAAGAAAUGGAUCCCUACAGAUUAGAAAACAUGGACAUCUUCUCCAAUCUGUUGUACAUCAAGGAGAUGAGGGCUGAGCUGGCCAACUUAGCUCACAAGUGCUGUGACAUCGAUAAAUACCGAGUUGAGACCUGCUGUGUUAUUGGUAACUACUACUCCAUACGACAACAACACGAGAAAGCUGUGCUGUACUUCCAGCGGGCACUAAAACUGAAUCCACACUACCUCUCAGCCUGGACCCUCAUGGGCCACGAGUUCAUGGAACUGAAGAAUACAUCUGCCGCUCUACAAGCUUACAGACAGGCUAUAGAGGUUGAGCGGAGAGACUACCGAGCAUGGUACGGACUUGGACAAACCUACGAAAUCCUCAAAAUGCACUACUACUGUCUCUACUACUACAGACAAGCUCAGAAACUCAGACCGAAUGACUCUCGGAUGGUGAUGGCCCUGGGAGAGACAUACGAGAAAUUAGAGAGGCUGCAGGAGGCUAAGAAAUGUUUCUGGAAGGCCAACUGUAUAGGAGAUAUGGAGGGAACUGCCCUCAUCAAACUAGCCAGACUUCAUGAGAAACUACAUGAGGAAGACCAGGCAGCCUCUGCCUACACAGACUACAUCAACGAGGCCAGUCGACAGGGGAACUACAAUCCUGAGGACCAGAGUCAAGCGUACAAGUAUCUAGCUAACUACCACCUAAAACUUGGACAGCUAGACGAGGCGUUCACUGCUGCCCAGAAGUGUUCUGAAUUCCCAGAGACCAGAGAAGAGGCAAAGGGUAUUCUUCGAGAUAUACAGAGUCUUCGUGCACAGAAGGAAGGCCUGAGUACUCCAAUGAGAAUGGACGACAGUAUGGGGUCCAUCACGACGGAGCGCUUCCACACCAACGAUCAUACGCCGAUUGGUCGCCUCUCUCCUGUCAACCUCAAGUUCACACCCUGACAAAAGUUGUAGCUACAGACUUGAAAUCUAACAUUGCAUAACUUUUGAUAGUGUAACCAACAGCAGAGAGCAAGGAUAUUGUCAGAAAAAAAAUGUAAUUUGAAUGAAUUGAGCAAGGAUCUUGUGCCAUAACCAGUCUGGGCAAGUUGCAGCUAUCCUUGUUAGAUAAGUGAGGUUAAUCUGAUUGAUAGCAAACGUACCCCAAUCAACUUAUAUUCCAAAGUAUGAACAUUCACAUCAAAAGAUUAUGAAUCUCUUGAAUGUUUCUACUGACGAUUUUUACGGGAAUCUUUUUAAACUUCCACCUAGUGAAGUAAUCAGAAGAGAGGCUGUACCGACAACUAACUACUGUUCUGUACUGUGUUAGCGAUCGUAUACUUUUUUGUUGUUACUGUAUUAUCAUGUUAUAAUAAAAUAUAACUACCUAU